UCAGCUAAUGUUAUUAAUUCCAAACGAACUGUACAGUGUGUGCUCAGACAAAAAUACAAAUUCUAAUAAUAGCUUCUGGUUUAGAAACCGCAGGAUCUGUGUUGGUUCACUACCAAGGCCAAGGCUGUCGCUUCAUUAUUCGUUGUGAGUUUGCCUCUGCAUAAAGCCACAAAAAUGGUGCUUUCGCUAGACCGCUGGGUCGGAAAAGUCGCGGUAGUGACAGGUGCAAGUUCUGGAAUAGGUGCUGCUAUUGCACAGUUCCUCGUAGACAAAGGAUUAAUAGUCGCUGGUUUGGCUCGUCGUUACGAACUCGUCGACGCAAAAGCCAAAGAGCUUUCUGGCAAAACAGGAAAACUGUAUGCUAUCAAAACUGACCUCGCAAAAGAAGAAGAUAUUCUGAAUGCGUUCAAGUGGAUUGAAGAAAAUUUGGGCCACGUUCAUAUCCUUAUCAACAAUGCUGGUCUUUUUAAAGACAAUCUGUUGAGAAAUGGGGAUGCAGCGCUCUGGAAACAAAUUUUCGAUGUAAAUGUUCUGGGGUUGUGCAUUGCAACUCGAGAGGCUAUUAAGAUAAUGUCUGCUAAUAACAUCAACGGCCAUAUUAUUCAUAUCAACAGUGUAGUAGGUCAUAAAGUGCUGCCUUUUCCAGGAAUCAAUGUUUAUCCUGCGACUAAACACGCAGUGACUGCUCUAACUGAGACGUUGAGGCAUGAACUGAACGCUGUGAAUUCUAAAAUUAAAACAACGAGUAUUAGUCCUGGGUUAACCGAUAGUGAAAUGACAACUUUGAAUACCGAGCUUAGUCAAGAGCGUCAAAAUUUAUUUAAAUCUUUGCCAGCACUAAAGGGAGAAGACGUUGCGGAAGCUGUAGGAUACGUAUUAUCUACUUCUGAAAAUGUUCAGAUUAAUGAAUUGACCAUCACACCUGUUGGAGAGUAAUUUUAUACGCACUACCAAUUUUUUAUAACCAUAUUUCAAUAUUUUUGUAAAAUAAUAGACAUUUAUGACAACAGAAAAAUGUCCUUGGGAGA